AACGUUGCAAAAUGAGCGGCGCUCGAAGAACAAAUUGCAUUUUUUUAUCGCAGAAAUUUGGAAAUUUUAUUAAAAAGUUUACAAUAAUUGUGCCUAAAACUUAAAAGUAAAAAUAUCAAAUCUCUUUACAAAUAAUUAUCCUCGUUAAAGCAAUUAUAAUGUAAUUAAAUAUUUACAAAACAUUUAAGAUAAAAGUUAAAAUUAAAGAAAAUUUUCAAGAAAAAAAUUUGCUGGAAAAAAUACACACGUCGUUUUCGCUUUUUUCAAUGGUGGCUUUGAAAAAAAUGUGAAAAAGCUUGAAGAAUAGCUAAAGUUGCAUUUUGUUACAAGAACAUGAGUUUAUCAAAAGAAAAUAGAAUAAACGAAGUAGUGAUCUAAUUGAAAAUAAAAGAUCUAGAAAGAAAAUUAUAAAUUAAAUAAUUGUUUAUUGAAAGGAAAAUUUGUUUUUAUUUUGUAAAAAAUAUUUUUUUUGUUAAAAAAUUGUGUUGAAAGAGAAUUUGUAAAACAAGAGGGUGCUCUGACCUCACGAAUCAAAAUCAAAAAGAGAAAACGUGUAAUUGAAAGCAAAAUAAAAAAAUAAAAACGGUUGUUUGAUUUUACGAGAGGAAGGCGGAAAGUAAACAAUGUUUAUGUUUUGAUUAGUAGUGGUCCACUAAAUAAUCAACCUACGUGUAAACAUUACAAAAUAUAACAAGUAAUUAAAUAUUAUGACAGAGGCAAAACGUGUAACACUAACUACUAUUAGUAGUACGGUUAGCUCCUCCUUAAUGACGGCUGGUUCGUCAAACCCAUCACGAUUCGGUGCAGAUUUCUUAGCCCAAACAGAAAAGCCUACGACAGGCACUACUUCAUCAGCGGCGGCAAAGGGUUCAACAAAAACGAUACGUUUAAAUGUUGAACUUUUUCAAACGGACUCUAGUAAAUAUCCAGAGUUUAAUUAUGCUAAAUUGUUACAUUUGGAAAAGAAAAAACUUAAAAAGUUGAAACAAAAAUCGAAUGGAUACUCCGAUCCUUUUGAAGACAACGACGAUGAUGUAGCACGCAUUGCCAAGGAACUCGAAAAGAAAUAUGGUAAUACGUAUAGCAGUGGUCGUGGUAAAAAUAAAAGAGAUGAUGUCGACAUUGGAAUGGGUUAUGAUGAAUCUGAUUCAUUUAUCGACAAUACAGAAGCGUAUGAUGAAUUGAUACCCGAUGAAGUUGAAACCAUUGAAGGGGGUUUUUAUAUAAACUGCGGAGCUUUAGAAUUUAAAAAGUUGCACACCGAGUCGUACACUACUAAAACUGACGAAAUUAUCAAAAUGCCCAAUCGUCCGAAAAAGCGGGUAAUUUCUUCAUCAUCAGAAGAUUCUUCCUCUUCGGGUGACGACGAUGAAGAUGAUGACGAUGAUUCUGAAGACGAUGAUGAUGAUGAGACGUCGGUGGAAACGAGUAAAUCAAAAUCAUCAGCCAGCACCAGUGAUAAAAAAUCAAAACCAUCAACUGCAACAACAUCCAAUCCUGCCAAAAAGAAACCAGUUGCUCCUGAAAAUGGGGGACCGGCUAAGAAAAAUAAGGAAAAGAGUCUAACCAGUGGCCUCUCAUGUUCUGCUUCAAGUUCCCCCAAAAUACCAGCAGAAGAAAGAGCCUCCGACGUAGAAAGGAAUGCAAAGAAAGUGGAAAAAACCACCACUGUAAAAGAUAUGCUUAAGGCCCAAAGGGAUAAUUUCUUAAAAUCACAAACCACAUCAUCAAAUGGCGAAGGCAAAGGUAACUCAUCUGCCGAGGAUGAUGAUGAUUCUUCUAGCGACGAUUCCGAAGAUGAUGAUGAUGAAGAGGGCGAAUCAGAUGAUAAUAGUGAUUCAAAUCAAAGUGCAACUCAAGCAUCUAAGGAUAAAAAACAGGCAUCUGGCACAGAAGAUCAAGGCAACGAAAAACUGAGAACAAGUGAUACCAACCUUCCUGAAAUGGAGUCAGAUGUUUUAACCAGCAUAAUUGAAUUUAGAGAUGGCGCCAAGUCGCAGAAUUUGAUUGGCAAAAAGUUUCAAUUCGAUGAUAAAUUAUCUGAAAACUUUCUCAAAAUUGAUGACUCUCUGUUGUGCAUUGACAAGGCUCAACGAAAUAUGGUGUUUGCUCAUUUGGAAUUUCAUCUUUCCCUGCCGAAGUACUUUUUUCUAAGGAAAGCCAAACAAUUGCGUAUUAAAGAAGAAAAGCUAAAGAGCAAACGUUCAUUUAAUAAGCUGCAUAAGGCUAUAACAGAAACAAUGUCCGCAGUUACAGCCAGUUAUGAAGCAGAGCUCCGAAGAUAUUCUGAACUAUUAGCGUCCAAUACUAAUGCGGAACAACCUCCCAAAAUGCCAAAGAAAAAAUUUCCCUGGAAUACAAAUUUAAGAAAUCUUUUGUACGAUGUCUACCAAGGACGUUGGACCUCAUAUCCCGUUUUGGGGACACGCAAAGAAACUCUCGAAGAUUUCAUUACCAACUAUAUGCGUGAAAAAGUUGUAGAGAUAUGGCCUAAAGGUUGGAUGCGCUAUGAAGAACUACAAAAAGAAAUCGAAAAACGUAAAACGGCAGCUAAAAAGGCUAAAGAGAAGAAAAAGAUCGCUUCAGCCACAACCUCAGGACAAUCAUCACCCAAUCCCAAUGUUUCGAACAAUCCAUUGACAUCAAUACAAAUUGCAUCUGUAUCCUCAUUAGCUGGAGCAACUACAACCACCGGUCUUCCCAAUGCAACAUCAACUACAGCGACAGCACAACCUGUCUCUUACUUGAAACAGUUUGAAGAUUUCGCACGCUCUAAUGCCAACUCAGACACAGAUUCUGUAGCCAGCAGCAGUACAUCAUCGACAUUGAAGCGUAAAAACCCAGAUGCUACCCGCAAUAAACCUAUGAAACCUAAAACGGCAAAAUUGAAUGGGGACCAAACGAAAUCCAUAAAUAAUGGCAGUAACAACAAUAAAAAUGCACCGCCUACCAUAUCGGUUGAUUUGGUGUCGCCAAGCAAAAGAACUGAUCACAGCAUUAAUCAUAUAAUGUCACCUACAGAGGGAUCUGCUGCGACUACUUCUACGGCUUCAUCAAUUUUUAGUGCCACCACAGCAGCUGUGUCACAGCCUUCAAAACAUUCCACUAGUACACAUGUCAUUGAUCUCGAUAACUAUAAGAGUGUGGGUGAUAUACUGCAAACAUCAAAACAAAUACAAGCGGCCGCAAAUGCGGCAACUUCAUUACUAACUACGGUUUCAAGACGUGAAAGCAGUGGCGAUUCGGAAAUUGAAAUUGUUGGUGUUUUUCCGGCCAAGCAGCAAAACAAAAAACUGAAAGUUAAUAAUCGUAGUGCAGCGUCAAAUUCCAAUUACAAUUUUAAUACUGAAAAGACUUCAACAUCUAGUUCCCACCAUCAUCACAAUAACAGUAAUAAUCGCAAAAAGGGUGGAGGCAACUCAGGCUUAACAAAUCUACCGGUAAUGGAUGUAAAUAAAAUGGUUAAUACUCUUAUGGAAUUGGGAGAUGAAUUACAGAUUAAACCAAUUUUAACAUCGACUGCUCAACAAAAGACACAGUCAUCAUCCUCAUCAACCCAAAUGUCACAGGGUCCUGGGUCGCAUCAAUGACCCACAACACCAUUGUUAAAUCUCGCAACGAGUGGUUUUUUAGCAUCUAUCCCCUCAACUUCUAUGGCAACAAACUCAUUUUAUAAUCAUGAACAAACUGUAGCAGCGGCCUUAGUAUUAUCCUCAAUGUGUGGUAAUACCUCAACAGCAACUACCACCGGAACCAAGUCAACUAUGUCACUGCCAACGAUUGUGGCUAAUGCUGCGAGAAUACCACAAUAUUCAACAGCAACAACAACAACAACACCAGCAACACUAUUACCACCCAAUACUGAUAAUUUACAUUUUAAUAAUUUAGCAACACUGCCUUUAUUUUUAACACCACCGCCACCCCCUUCUUCAUCCUCAUCUCCCAUUGGUGUAAAUAUGAAAUCGCUUUUACCACCAUCGUCAAGUCAUUCACCCUCAUCAUCUUCGCCACUCAAUAUGUCACCAUCAACAAACACGGGAUUCUUAACACCAAAUCCUUUCUUAAUUUCCAACUCCCCCUCACCGCCCUCUAGAUACGAUCGUCGGUCUAAAUCACCAGCAGUAUCAACAUCGUCAUCACAGCCGUACAAUCAUCUUUCCCAUCACCAGCACGUACAGAAAUAAUACUAAUCGUAUUGAAAUUUGUUUGAAUAAAAUGUCCUUGUACUUGUUGCAUGAUUUUUAUUGAUACUAUUGAGUUUUUAUAUAAAAAUCAAUUAAAAGUAGUGUGUUUUCCUUAUGAUUUAUAUAUUUUUUUGUUAUAGAAUUAUUAAUUAUUUUUUGUAAUGUGUUUUAUUUUUAAUUUAAUUUUAAUCAGUAUAAAUAUUACUUACUAUAUUAAAAAUUUGUUCUUUAAGAAAUUGUAUCGUAUUACUAAUAAUUUUUUCUAAAAAAAAAAAAUAAAACAAAUCAUAAUUAAUAAAGUCAAUGAUUUCUUAUCAAUAA